UUUUAGCUGAUCUUGGACAUAGGACUUUUCAGCCCAUGAGCUUGCGGGUGCUAGAUUCCGCCUUAGACUAUCGCACGUGGUUCAUCUGUUUCUAAUCAUUGCUGAUAGUGUAUGUCCAGACCUCUUAUCGGAGAUGGUAGAUAUUGUCCCGGCCAAGGCUGGAACAAAGGCUAGCUGCAUGCUGAGAUAGGUAUCGUCCGAUUCCGGCGGCUGUUACCAUCAUAGAAAUACCUGAUCUUGUCUUUGAUACGGGGCGUGCCGAUGGAGCCUCCCGGCGGGCGGGGCCGGCACUUUAUCUGACGGCCUCGCGGAAAUCCAAUCCUAUGCGCCAUUUCAUUGGCUUUGCAUUGUUACCUACAUUCAGCUCACGAGUAACAGAAACACGUCAUAGAUAAGGCGAGAUCCCUCUAUGCCUAUAAAGAUGUCGACAACUUCCUUCACCGAGAUCCACAACAUAUCACCAACCUACCAUUGAACUGUGACCUCGUGCACAAUACACGCACUCACAUACAUAUCAAACAAACAGCCUAACAUAUCGCAUUACUUGAUUGCACCAUGGCAUCCAUCACCGUGGAACCACUCAGAUUCCCCGAGGGAACCGGCAUCAACUUCGGAGCAGCAGUAUCAAACGUCGAUAUUGAGAAUUUGACUGACGAUGAUUUCGCUGUGAUCCGUGACGCAUUGUUUACACACCAGAUACUUGUGUUCAAGAAUCAGGGACAUGUCUCACCCAAGGCGCAGUUCAAAUUGACGCAACGCUUCGACCCCGCGGGCGGCUCCUCAUACGGUCAUGGCAAGACGAUUGACGCGAAACGGAGCAUCUUGCACCCGGAUUUGAAGACCAUCCCACACCAACCUCAGGUGCAAGUCAUUGGCAACGGACGGGUGCCUUCCUAUGAGGGACUGACGGACUUCCAACUGCGACACCCGCACCACAAGACCUUCCACGCUACGUCCAUCCCUGAGCAUGAAGACCUGGACUUCACGCGCUUCUACCGCUGGCACAUUGAUGCUGCGCUCUACGGUGAACUUGCGCCGCCUGUCGUCACGACCCUUCUCGCUGUCAGGGUACCUGGUGGCCGACGUCAGACAUGUCGCUACGAUGAUGGGACGGGCGAUGUAUUAGAGGUGCCGCUCGGCACGACGGCUUUCGUCUCGGGUUAUACCAUGUACGACUCUCUGUCCGAAGAAGACCAGAAAUUCGCACGAGAGACGAAGGUUGAAUACGCACCUCACCCAUAUGUCUGGAUGAGCUCGGCCAGAUCGCGGUCGGACGGUCUCGGUCUAAUCUCCCAGGGCUUAGAAGUGCCCGUUGACGAGCUACCUCCUCACAGCAAAGAAGAGACGCAAAUCCUUCCCCUGUGCUGGCGGAAUCCCGUGACCGGAAAACUAGCGCUGCAAGUCCAUCCCUCAGCUGUGCGAAAACUUCACCUCGCCGACGGAACUGUCAUCGAUGACCUGACUGAGGUCCGCAACAUUGUGCAUAAGCUUCAGCGUCCUGGUAUUUCGCCGAAGUACGUCUACCCGCAUGACUGGGAGCAGGGCGAUCUCGUGCUUUUCCACAACCGCGGCCUCUUGCACAGUGUUGUCGGAGCGUUUGCCGAGGACGAGGUCAGACUAUUCCGACAGUGCAAUAUUGCUGCGAGUCAAUUCCCCGAGGGUCCUUUGCCGACUGCCGCGGUCACCGCUUGAAUGAAAAGCAAUCGCUAGACCGAAAAGAUUGACCGAAUAAUGGGGCUUUCAUGCUAUUUUUCACUCUAGCGCUGUUAACAGUUUGCUUGUCCUUUUUCUAUUCAUUUUCCUGGACCCUUGCACAUCUGAGACUACCCGAGGCGCAGGGCUUUCUGUUUGCUUCAUGAGAUU